ACUGGUACGUGAAGAAACAAACAUACGGGAUGGCCGACGAUGGCGAUUUCAUGGAUAUGGAUCAUACACAUCGUUUAAGGGAGCAGGCAGCGGUUGGAAAAUAUGAUGUUCCCCCUGAGGUGGUCGUUCAGAUGGAAGAAAUGGAAGAGCAAAAUGAAUACAGCAGCCUAAAUGAAGUAUUCAUGUUAACUGACGAACAACUAGCUAACAUUAACACAGAUGUCGAGCGACCAGUCACGUUGCACACAGAUUCAUCAAAGACAAGUACACGACGUUGUGAAAGAGAGUCACACACUUCCAAUGUUAAGAAAAGCUGUGCCUCAAAUUCCGAUUUUACUGAUGGUGGCUUUGUGAAAGUAUCAGAGUUAAAUGCACACACCGAUCAAACGCAGGAUAGAGGAACGACUCCCAUAACAAAAACCUUGCAUCCACCCUUACCCCCACCACGAACACCGCAAAAACGUAUGCAUCGCAGCUCUUCAAGACCAGGUCCCAUACAGGUUAUUGAUGAAACUCUUCGCAGAGGUCGGAAAAUGUCCUUGUCGCCCCAUCUAUCUUCAAGGCGCAGUGGUAGAUUUUUUGGAGAAGAAACACCCAUCAUUACAUCAAGUCGUGUAGUUGUAAAAGGGUUAGACGAAGGUGUUGAUCUUAAUAGCGUCAGAUCAUUUUUUGAAGACACAAGUCGAUUUGGAGUGGGUGCUAUAUCAUUCAUUGAAAGAUGUGACAUAACAAACGCUAUCACCAUUGAAUUUCAAACAUUCGAAGAUGCACAGUCGGUGAUUUUAAAAGCACGAUCAGGGCCACUCCGAUUGAGCGUUGGUAAAGAAAUGACAAUAGAGCCGUGUCCAGAAAAAGACCAGAAGUGUAUUCUGGUCAAUGGUAUCGAUAAAAGCACUGCACAAGCGGACUUUGCUGAUUAUCUGCAUGAACACUGCGACAUUGCCAAACAUACAAUUCAGAGCAUACAAUUCGGAACAAAAGAAGGAGCCGCAGUUAUUCAUUUUGAUAAACCAAGACCAGGUAUUGAAACCAUCCGGAAACGAUUGAGUAAACGACCGUUCAGAGGAAAAUUGUUGAGGUUUGAUGAGGUAGAUCAAUGGAGAACCAUUCUUGUUCAAAAAGUAAAUCCGAACCUGUCUGAAAGUGACAUUGUUCGUUACUUUUUAAGAAAUGGCGGGAUGAUAGACACAGUCCAUAUCUACCUUCCUCUGAAUGCAUUUGUUGUUGUCUUUCGAUUUACUGAAGAUGCUGAACGUGUUUUAUCGCAAAAUCCGCAUACUAUAUCUGAAAGAGCGCUUACUGUCGAGCCAUUCUUCGCAAGUCUUCAAACAACAUCUCUCAAUGAGAUCCCUACACAAGAGCCUCUUAUUUUGAACGAUUUGGACCGAUCCAUCGUCAGAUUCAUACAAAAUUCAGGAGAAUAUCGAAAAGAUUUGGAAUGUGAGUUAGCUACACUCAAUGGAAAGGUGGUUUGGCCAGGUGAAUUACAAUCUGACGAAAACGACGAAAGUGACAAACACUUGAAAGUUAUUUGUACAAUUGAUCCGACCCAAAAGCCUCUUAAACCUCUUAAAGUAAAUCUUAAAAACUGGCAGAACAAUUGUUUAGGAAUAAUUGAACACUUUUUUCAACAAUUUGAGACGACAAGGACAAUUUUAGUCGCCAAAGAGGUCUGGAACACCUUUAACAUGUACCUUGACGCUAGUGCAGUUGACGACCCUAAAAAGAAGUACCGAGUUGUUCGUAAAAUUAUUGAGUUUCGAAGCGUUGAAAUUGUCGGCAAAAAAGAAUUUACAAAAGACUUGUACGUCAAACUUACAUCGAAGGUGGAUGUACUCGAAAAGGAUUUUGUCGCUUCACAGAAGACAGACUGUCUUCACAAAUUCGUUCAACUCAAUUACAACGAAAUGUCUCUACUUCAAUAUUCAAGAGCACUAGAAGAAAAAGAAAUGAAACCGAUACCAGAUACCUGUGGCCUAGAAAUUUGGGGUGAAGUUCAUUCAAUCACAGAAGUAAUCGAUAAGAUAGACCGAAGUAUUAACAGUUAUUCGAGGGAAGUGCUAAAUACAGCUAAACAUGGAAUAACUUGUAAGACGAUGGACUUACUGAAGACUCCACAAGCUAAAGCCUACAUCGCCCAUAUUAUCGAUAAAGCGAUUGGGGAAUCAUCCAAAGCUUCCUACAUUGUAGACAUCGAUAACAACAUUGAAGUGUGCGCUUUGGACGAUAAAUCGCUUACAGAAGCCAUCAGAAUUAUCAGAGAUUCAAUCAAGGAAAAAGAACUCAAAACAUUAACUCCACGUCAUCGAGCUAUUUUAAGUGGACAUGACGGCGAUAUUUUGUUAACCAGUUUGCAGCAGAAACACAUGGGUCUAUUUUUGAGUUACAAGAACAAAGAUGGUUCGAUUAGCUUUGUCACUAUUGAUUCUAUUCUUGAAGAGGUGGAAGAGAUGAUAUCACUGUUUAUUGAUAACCAUGAAGUAAUAUCGGAAUUCAUCGAGGUUGGAAGUGGACGUUUAGCCUACCUUUUAACAUAUAAAGCAAACGAGCUUGAAACGAUUGAAGACGAAUACCGACCAAAAGGCGUAAAGAUAACAGCUGUAGAAGGGAUAAGGAAUGGUUUUUCCAUUAAAGGAAAGAAACAAUAUACCCGGGAAAUAGGUUGGAGAUUACAUAUGAUGGUUGACGUAAUUGUUGAGAGGAGUCAUGAACUUAAAUGGGAUGGUUUCAAUGAAUGCCUCGAGGGGAACCAUGCACACGGUGUUCAGUCAAAGAUUUCAGUAAUCGGGCUUGAACAUAAAUGUGUGGUUAAAAUAUCGCCAAAUAAAAGACACAGUCGAACAAACAAUCGCCCCAAUUUGAUUAGAACGGAGUUUUUCACCACAAUUGGGAGUCGAAACAAAUCCCUGUACGUUGUUGCGGGUGAUAUUACCGACAUUGAUGCUGAUGUUGUUGUAGUCCCAUCACAUUCAACUCUCCAGCUUUCUGGUGGUAUCGGACGAGUAGUAGGUGCUAAAGGAGGAUUUGAAAUUCAGAAAGAAUGUUGUGACAUAGUCAAAGUCAAAGAUGGCCGCGUUUCACAGGGAGAUGUGUUUGUUACAACCAGUGGAAACCUUUCUGCCAAACAUUUACUGCACGCUGUCACCCCGUACAAAGAUGAUUUCGAACAAGAUGCUGUUAGAAUUCUGGCGAGUUUGGUGGACCAAUGUAUUUCAAAGGCAUCAGCACUUGGAGGGAGGUCUAUAGUGUUUCCGUUGAUCGGAACUGGUCAAUUCAACUUUGAUCUUAAUACAGUUGCCGAGGUUCUUCUUACGAAUAUACUGACGUUUUGGAAGGAGGAAAAUGAUAACACUUUAGAAAGAGUUUACAUUUGUGAUAUGGACGUAGCAAAGCUUAAGAACGUCAUUUUGCAAGCUAAACAAAUGUCAGAUUACAAGGAAAACGAUGAUUCGGGUGAAAUUCCAUCGAACCGCCAAAGUGGAAAGUCCAUACAAUGCGAUGUCACAAUGGAAACUUUAGCUGAACUGCAGGCGGAUGUUUUUGUGAAUGCAACAACCCGGGAUAUGAAUCUACGGAUAGGUGCUCUUGGGAAGGCUAUUUUAGAUGAAGCUGGAGAAGAGGUUGUGGACGACAUCAAACGCGAAUACCCUGAUGAUAUUCGAUAUGGAGAAGUUGCUAUAUCUAUCACAGGACGUAUGAAAGACCGUGUUAGAGCAUUUUUCCAUGGACAUAUUCCUCAAUGGAGUCCGAACAAUGUCUUUGCAGAAGUCAUCUUAUCAAGAUUUGUUACUGAGUGUAUACAAGAGGCUAAUCGGCGCGGUCACCGCUCAAUCGCAUUCCCCGCGCUCGGAUGUGGCAUGGGAGGAUAUCCGCCUGACAUUGUGGUGUCGACUAUGCUUGGUGCAAUUACCGAGUUUUCAAGAACAACUCCGCGAACUACAGUUGACCUUGUGAAGUUUGUUAUUCCUCAAACAGAUCUUUUUGAGGUGUUUAAUGAGUUUGUAUACGAAAACAAGAGUAUAGAAACGAAGAGCUUUGUCAGAGAAUACUUUGGCCGUUCCCGGUCAGUCAACGACUUUCUUCUGCAAAGAAACAGUUACCAGAUUCAAGAAGGUCCUGUGUCUAUUAAGUUGGUUCUUGGAAACAUAAUCAUGGAGAGCGCACACGCAAUUGUCAAUUCUACCAAUUUGGCCUUGAACUUGAAGCUUGGUCUGGUGUCAUCUAUGAUUCUUUUGACCGCGGGAAAGGUCAUUCAGCUUGAAUGCAACACUGACGAGAAGAAGAAACAAGCCCAGGAAAAUAAAAUAGUUACAACAGGCCCAGGGAGAAUGUUAUGCAAGCGAAUCAUACACUUGGUCGCCGGAGAAAAUAAACAGCAGUGGGAAAAAAAGGUUAAACGUUGUCUCCGGACGGCGGAAGCGGAGAAUCUGCCAAUUGUAUCGUUUCCUGCAAUCGGUACUGGUCGAUGUGGACAACCCGCCCAUGUCAUUGCCGACGUGAUGGCAACAACUGUAAAGAAGUAUGUUGAAAGCACAAAAUACAGAGGCAUCCUCAGGGCAAUUAGAAUUGUGAUCUUUGAUCAGGAAAUGUUAGACGUGUUUAGAACAACCAUUAACAAAAGCCUCUUGAGCAAAGAAAAACAGUCCGGAGGGAUUCCUAUAUUCUUCAGGAGAAAGGAAAGCUUUGAAACCGAGGCUGAUGUCAAAUUCCACAUAUUUGCUGAAACAGAGGAAAAAGCAGAACGAGUCAUUCAAGAACUUGAAUCCAUGAAGACGGAGGAGAAGAUCGCUUUUCCGUCCUCGUUUCUAGGCUGUCUUACAGAAUCACAGGAACACGAACUUAAGAAUAUAGCACUUCGAAGAAGGACAGUUAGAGUUAGUAUAGACAAGAAGGAUGGAUUCAUUGCCGUGACUGGCUUAGAAUAUGAUGUUGUACGGACCAGACAAGAAAUAGAACGAUUUCUAAAAAAACAUUCAAAUGUCAAUGUGGAACGUCCAGACCAUUGGAACAUGAAUGCUGCUAUUUGAAUCCCGUUGCAAAUAUCAAACAGCUGUUAUGGGAUAUAAAUCUAUUAACAAUCUCACACCGAGUUAUAUAAAAGACAAUAUUAAGAUAUCUAACAAUACGCGACAAGACAUCGCUCACAUUCGACAUAAAACAAAAUACAAGAAACACUCGUUUGCAUGCUACAGGGGGAAAGUUUGGAACUUUUUACCAGAAGUAAUACGUAAAUCCAACAUUUAAACAAAGACAUUUAAAGCCUGCUGCAGGAAGUUUUUGUUUCAUCAUCAAUUGCAAAAAAAACAGUUGUAAGAAUUGUAUGCAUAAUUCAAUGCAUAUAGUUUGUACGUAUAUGUCAAGUAAGGUGUUUAUACAUGUGUCACUGUCCUACUUACUCAGUUCAUUAAUUUUUAUGAGAUUUUUUGUUAAUAUUUAGAUACAAAUUGAUGUAUUACUAUGUAUUGAUGUGUUAAAUGGAUGUAUUAUGUUCGUGUUUUUCAUGUUUUCGUAUUACAAUUUAAUACGUACCAUUUUGAAAUAACAUAAAUUUAUGCUGACGUUUUCAUUCUAAGCAUUUUUUUCAUGUCAAAACGAUCAUUUAUUCCAGUAAUAGGUCAUGAUAAAAAACUGUGCUUUUUAACAAAAUGUAUUUUUGCGUUACCGAAAUGUGUUUCCUCAUAUGUGUUUGAUUAUAAUUUGCAUCACUUGAUUAAGUGACAUUUGUGCGUUUGUGUGAAUGCGUGUGUGCGUGCGUGCGUGCGUGUGUGCUCUUUCAGGAGGCCACAUUGUAAAUAAGACGUGUGCUAUGUUUGUUCAAAAUAUAAUGCCUAUAUCUUAAUGUGUUAAC